AUGAGUCUCCUCAGCUGGAACUGCCGGGGCCUAGGCAACCCGCGUGCAGUUCCUACCCUCCUUGACCUACUCAGAACGUAUCACCCCGACGUUCUAUUCUUGUGUGAAACUCUUGUAUCAGCUUCUCGUAUAGAUGAACUACGAUCCCGUUUGAAUUUCGACUCUUCCUUUGCGGUUAGUUGCUCCGGCCACAGUGGAGGGCUAGCAUUAUUCUGGAAAAAACCUUUUGACUGUCUACUCAUUAACUAUUCCCCACAUUUCAUCAACGUGAAAGUAUCUCACGUAUCCAACCCUGUUUGGCGCCUCACUGGCUUCUAUGGUUUCCCUGAACGAGCACGACGACGAGAUUCAUGGAAUCUUCUACGCCACCUAGCACAAGACAACUCUCUCCCGUGGUGUAUCAUGGGGGACUUUAAUGAUCUGCUCACUGAUGAUGAUAAACGCGGCACCCAUGCACAUCCUCCAUGGUUGCCACACGGUUUUCGUUCUGCUGUCACAGACGCCAAUCUGAUCGACCUACCCUUGGAGGGUUACAAGUACACAUGGGUCAAAAGCAAAGGAACACCACUCCAAAUAGAGGAGAGACUGGACCGAGCUAUGUCUACAAGUUCUUGGUUGGACAUCUUCCCCCACUGUAGGCUCCUCAAUGUGGUGGCUGCCAGGUCAGAUCACUCCCCUCUCCUUCUCAAUCUCUCGGGGCAAAGAUACACACGCCCAAAACGUGCUUUCAGGUUUGAAAAUGCAUGGCUGAAAGAGCCAACGUUAACACCACUAGUGACGCGCAAUUGGCUACAAGCACAAUCUCCCGACAUAUUGCACAAGCUACACCAUUGUGCAACAGAUAUGGAUGCCUGGGGGAGAAAGAUCCGACUUCACUUUAGAGCUCCAAUAGAAGCAUGCAGGAAACAUAUCUUGGCAUUGAGAGACAAGCAAGACCCUGCGUCCAUAUCCCGGCUCCUUGAUUUUCAAGAAAGACUCAGUUCACUUAUCAUGCAGGAGGAAUCCUUCUGGAAGCAAAGGUCAAAACUGUUUUGGCUCAAGGAUGGUGACAGCAAUACUAAAUAUUUCCACGCCAUAGCCAGUGCAAGGAGAAAGACCAACCUCAUACAGAAACUCACCCGCGAUGAUAAUGUGGUAGUGCACGACCAACUGGGACUCAUGGACGUAGCCAAAACGUACUUUGAUACACUCUUCACAGCUUCCGCCAACACGCCAGACCCAGUCAUAGAUUCUCUCUCUCAACGCAUCACCACUGCAGAUAAUGAGCACCUCUUAAGACCAUUCUGCAUCAGCGAGUUUCGAUCUGCCCUCUUUUCAAUGCAUGCAGACAAAGCGACAGGACCUGAUGGGCUCAACCUAGGUUUUUAUAAGCAUUUCUGA